AUGGACGCAAAGCACAUCCCGCCCGAGCUUUGGAUGGAGAUAUUCGAACAGCUUCCCCUCCCAUCAGAUCUAUACAACAUAAUGCGAACGUCCAAGUGGUUCUGCGACCUCGCCGUUCGUGCGAUCCACCGACAUGUCAUCUGGAAGACUCCCCACACCGUCGCUCACAACUUGCCGCUCUGGAAAGUCCAUAAAGGCAUGGAAGGCUUUGUGCAUACUCUGGAGCUCGGUGUCACAACUCUGCCACCUGGUAUCUCAGGCCCCGUGGUCGACAUAGCUGGCCGGUCCGUUUGGCGUCAGGGGCAUGGAGAAGCACACGAGACCUACAUUGACUAUGAGGUUGACUUACUCAACUAUGCAUCCAACCCGUUAUACACCGCGAUGAUGAAUCAGGUAUCCAUGUUUACGAACAUAGAGGACCUGACCUUCAGCGGCGUAUUGCUUGCCAACGAACACUACAAAAUAAUUCAUAACUUGCCACGACUUCGCACGCUCCGCAUCGAGAGUUGUACCGUUGGACGCGACGCUUCUAACCAUAACCACCGUCGGCUCCCCAUCACGGAUCUCUUGCUGUACAAUCUGCGUCGUCAGAUGAGUGACCGCGACCCGCAAGCAGAGCUUCACGCAUUCGAAAACGUCAAGAACCUCCUUACCCUCGCUCUGGCACCUGGGUUGCGCACAAUCCGCGUUGAUUCGAGUGCCGAUAUCUUCAAGCACGUCUUUUCAGGGCCUGCUGCAGAGGCGCGAAAUCAUACAAUCCCUCCGCACCUCGAGCGGCUCUACAUUCUGCGCCGGCCGGGCACGCAACGCUCCCGCUUCAUUGCUGGUGACACUGCGCCUCAUCCUGAAGCCGCAUCAUUCCAGUCGUUCCUGGCGCGCGCGAGCACGAUCACGACGUACUCCACGUUCCAGGCGCUUUCAAUGCAACAGAUGCCUCCGAGCGUGCUCCCGGCUUUGCGCUGCUUCUCGGGCCCAGUCGAGAGCAUGCACGGAGUAUUGCCUGGUCGCCCAAUCGAGGCUGUGCAGCUUCUGCAAUGCACACAGGGCCAACAGCCCCAGCAGGGUCUACAGACGAACCGCGACGGUAUCACCGCGCUCACUACGAUUAAGAAUACCAAUCCUGACCUCCGCAUGCUUUCGUUACAAUUCACCACGUGGGACGAUGAGAUUGUGCAUGCCGCGACGGCGCUGUUCAACAAUCUGUAUCGUCUCAAGAUCACAUACGAGGUGGGCGGUCCGUCAGAGGCGACCAUUAGCGGAUUAGGCGCUGAGCUUCUCUGCAAAAUGCCGUGCUUGCACACGUUGCAAAUAUACACAGCCGUCCCUCAAGUAACCUCCAAGGGGGACCAUCACUACGACCCUACAUACAGCUCCAUCGAGGAGGAACUGUGCGACCUGCUUAUCCCGUGGAACAAGUUCUGUCCUACCUUGCGUGAGGUGCAGCUUCAUCCUGAGUACACGAUGCGCCGAGGUUUCGACGGUGGCCCGUGGAACUUAUUGAAGCACAGGCGACUGAACGACAUGGAGGAGUUUGCGUAUUGA